GCCGCUCUCGCUGGGCGCCCCGACGGGGUCCGGCCCGGGGCGCGGGGGGCCGCGGCCGCUGAGGAUGGGGAAAUCCAACAGCAAGUUGAAGCCCGAAGUUGUGGAGGAGCUGACCAGGAAAACCUACUUUACCGAGAAGGAAGUCCAGCAGUGGUACAAAGGCUUCAUCAAGGACUGCCCCAGUGGGCAGCUGGAUGCAGCAGGCUUCCAGAAGAUCUACAAGCAGUUCUUCCCAUUCGGAGACCCCACCAAGUUCGCCACAUUUGUUUUCAACGUCUUUGAUGAAAACAAGGACGGGCGGAUUGAGUUCUCUGAGUUCAUCCAGGCGCUGUCAGUGACCUCGAGGGGAACCCUGGAUGAGAAGCUGCGGUGGGCCUUCAAGCUCUACGACUUGGACAACGACGGCUACAUCACCAGGAACGAGAUGCUGGACAUCGUGGACGCCAUUUACCAGAUGGUGGGGAACACUGUGGAGCUCCCCGAAGAGGAGAACACCCCUGAGAAGAGGGUGGACCGGAUCUUCGCCAUGAUGGACAAGAACGCCGACGGGAAGCUGACGCUGCAGGAAUUCCAGGAAGGCUCCAAGGCGGACCCGUCCAUUGUGCAGGCACUGUCCCUCUACGAUGGGCUGGUAUAGUCCAAGGCCCAGAGCUGGGAGCCCUGCAAUCACAUAGGCAUAAUGAAGAUGCCCGGGUACCACUCACCUCCUCCCGUGCCAUGAGGCCACCUCAGCCCCAACCUCACUCUCCCGUGUCCACCCAGCCUCUCUCCGCAUCCACCCCCAGCCGGGCUGCCCUGGAACCGCGAGGCCCGGCUCGCCUCUGCCCUGCCCCACACCCACCCGCCGCCUGAAGCCACUGGCGCCAAUUGCCAACAACCUCUGCUUGUCUGGAAAACAGCAGCACGGAUGGGAAAAGGCUCCAGCCCUCUGCAGAACCAAGGACUCGGCUGCUUCGCAGGCAGCCCCUCGGUCCCUCCUGCUCUUCUGCGUGUGUGCUUAUUUUUUUUUUUAUUUCAAACAGACAUUGAAAAAGAAAAAAAAAAAAAAAAAAACUACCUUCUGUCCUAGAAGAAUCAGACUGACCACAGGGAGAAGGCCUGGGGGAUGUCAGAGAACUCUGCCUCCCGCCUCCUUCUUCGAAGCCGGAGAGGCCGCGGAGUCCCGCGGGGGCGGGGCGGGGGCUCGGUGGGCGGGGCCCCGCCUGCCUAACGCGAUUGGUCGUCCCAUCCUCCAGCUGCAAAACCACCUGCGUGGCUAGGAUGACUGAUUACGAUGAUGAUUUUUCUGUGAUAACAGUAUUGUGCUUUUCGUGGGGAAAGUGAGGUUUUUUUUUUUAUACAUAUAUAAUUGAUAUCUUUUAUUUAUUGGUUGUUAACUGUUGCUGCUGCCUCAUGUGUCCAACGCUCCCAGGGAUGCGGGGCCCACCGUUUACACGUGCACGCCCUUGACCCCCUGCUCAGCGCUCUUGGGAGGAUGGUGGCCUGCAGCGGCCGAGAAGCCAAAAAGUUCUUUUUUUAGCUUUGGUUCAGAUACCGUGCUCGAUGUUUGGAGCAGGGAAAGGUGGGUUUCUUAAAUGGCAAAUGCACUGUUCCCUCUGGCCCGAAUGCCUCCUUCUGGGAUCUCAUUUUCUCUGCUUCCUGUUCACCUAUCUCUCUGUCCCGUGUCCUCCUCUGGGUCCGGAACAUCUUUCCUGAGGACAAACAAGGGACAUCUUUCGGUUUCUCAGCUCCUGCUUUAGUGUGUGCAGCGGCGUGGGGAAUGUCGAGGCUUAAGCUGAGACUGGGAGCUGGGAGGAGGGGGACUGAGUCCCUAAGGAGAGAGUGAAAAGGGCGUGAGCAGGUGUAAAGGCUGCUUCUCCCUCCUCGGUGGCUGGUGAAAAUAGUCGCUCAUUUUGCCUUCCCGCCUUCCUGCCUGCCUCGGCCCCCGCCCCGCCCCCUCGGGACAAUAUCCUUCCUCCCUUCCUUCUUUUAGCUCAAAAGCCAGGAGGGAUGGGGGAGAGAAAGGCUGCACACAACCCCAUUCAGGUAGCUUCUUGGGCCAUGUUGCUCACUGGAAGGUUCUAGCUCUGCCUGCCACUGAGACGGGGCAGCCUCAAACUGUCACCAUAAAAGUCAGACAACCUUGGACCAGAGGCCGGGAGCCCGAGGCUGGCCCUGGCUCUGUGAUUGUGGGCAACCCCCUGCCCUGUCUGGGCCCCAGCUCCCCCGGCUGCAGAGCCAGGAGGCCUGGGCUGUUGGAUCUGAAGACUCUUCCAUGCUGUUGCUAAUUCUGAGCUGGGGUUUCCUGCAGUUGGUGAUUCUGCGGUCUGUGGCUAAGUUUCCAGACCCCAGCAGACACAGGGACUGUCUGAGUCACUCUCUUGUCUCUUGGCACAAAUCUUCAGGGACACCGCAGCCAGUGGUUGUGGUGUGUGGGGUCAGGUGACACACCUUGUCCCUCCCCACGUGCUUCCUGGUUCGUCCUGGACUCUUGAGCUAUCCUUUUGGCCAGAACCCAUCCUAACCCAGGGAAGGCUUCUGGGGUGAGAAGCAGCCUCCCAGACUGUUCAGGGCCAGACUGGAGUCGAGAAUCCCUGCUGCUUCUUUGCAAAGUCGGCAGACUGUCUCUCCCUGCUCAUCCCGGCCCCAGGAGAGGAGGAGCUGGCCCUCAGCUCCCACUUUGAAUUGUCCUUGAUCUCUACUUUGCACGUUCCCAGGAGACCAGAGCUUCUUCUGCUCAUUAACCCUCAACCAGCAGACCUUCUGCCAGACUGCCGUCUGCCCGUGUGGGGCUGGCAUGUCCACUCCUGCAGGCUGGACUGCUCAGCCAGCCCCCGCCUCUCCCUUCUUGUGUUCACAGACCCUUUGGCUGCACUCUGUCUCCCCUGGAAGCCCCCUUGAUCCUAUGGGGUUGGGAGCAGCAGUGCCAUUUUUACAGGCGACUUUGAAGCCUGGCUUCUUGGGGCCCCUACGGUCACCUUCCUGCUCAGAUCCCUGGCCAAGGAGGCCCAGGAAUCACCACCAAAUCCUGCAGUUCCUGAGCCUGGCUCUGACCUAGGAUCCCCAGGCAGGAGAGGAACUUGGUGGCUUGGGGCUGGAGGGGAGGAGAGUGGGGUCUAUCCCCAGGUCCAAUCCCUUCUCUGGCCCCCGCCUGAGCCUUGAUUUGCCUUUCUGGGCCAGCGGGCAGGAGCUGUUGUGCAGCCUGCCCUGGAGGCAUCAGAACAAAGGGCUUGUGGCUGAGGAUGAUCCAGAGUGAAGCACGUGGGCCCUCCAGCUGAGGCCUGGAUCCCCAGGCAUCUAGGGAGCUGUGCUCAGAGCCUUCCCCCAACCUUCUCGCCUUUUGGCCUUUUGCUUUAGAGCCGCAGGUGUGACUGCCGGCCUUAGCAGGCAGUACCUUGGACCCAUGCCCGGAGACGGUCCAGAGCUGCCGGAAGGGCCACCCUUCUUGGCAGGGUGCUGGACACUAGCCAUUUUUGCCCGAGGUUGCUGGUGGGGACAGUUCCAUCCCCUCCUGUCACCAGGCCUCCAGCUGCAGCCCCCUCGGAGCCCUCAGCAGCCUGCAGGCCUCUCUCCCCAGCACCGUUUCCUGCCCCAGGCUCAGCUCCAUCAGCUGCUGCUCUCCGGGGCUUCCAGACCAGCCAGAAGCCAGGCUCUUAGUCCCUCUGCUGACCCUCGUUCCCCCUCCCAGGAACAGGGACCAGCCUCGGGCAGCCCUUCUGCAGCAGCCCUGGCCUCUUCCUCCCAGCAUCCACUCCCAACUCUGUGUUGAUGGUAUGUAGGAGAAUGUCAUGAGUUCCCAGUAUUUAACCAGGCAAUGUUUAGCAUAGGUCAAGGCAAGCGUGAAUGUCCUCCUCUUGCCCUGAAAUGGUUUUCAUUUUGACAGCCCACUUUCAAGACAACAGCUGCACCUGGGCUUUCAAGAACAUUGUCUCUUUUCUGGGAGGUUGGGGAAGGGUGGGGUUCCAGAGCCCCCUGGGACGAGGCAGCCUCUGCUCUGGAGAAAGCCCCAUUGCUCGCCUAGUGGAAAACUUCGCUGUUCCCUAGUGGUUUCAGCUUCUAAGGGAUCGAAGGGAACGUGGGAGCGCCUCCUGGUGGUGAUGAUCUGUAAAGGCAUUUGGGGGCUCUGACCAGCCAAACGACCCGAACUGCAGACGGGGAGGUGUGGAAGGGGCUCUGAUCUCACCCAGGCCCUGGGCUUCCAGCCCCACCUUAUUGGCAGCAUGUGUCCCAGACGCCCCUCUUCUAGGUCUGCCCCAGGGAUAGCAAAUGAAUUAGCAUAAGGGCACUGUGAUGGGAAGUCUUGCCCCCUCCUUUUUUAAUAUCUGCGGAAUAAACCCAAUGGUUGAUUUUUGAAUGAAUAAAAGGCUUUUGUUGAAUAAA